CCAAAACAAAAAGAUUUGCAAUACAAAACACCAACUAUCAAUGUGUACGAUCGAAAUUUCCACCUUCUCCACUGGGGGAUGUCUGCAUUUAACUUCAUACAAUCUGGUCAAUUGACGGAUGACCAGCAAAUUGUAGAAAGAUUCAAAUAUAACCUUCCAACAUCUAAUUCACAAACAGGAGCCUUUCUUCCAACCGGGACUACAAGUAUAGAGCAGCUUUUAAAUAUGAGGGCUACGAUAGAUUAUUUAAGGGAGACUUUUGAUAGCACCCUAAACGCCAUGCGAAAUUCAAAUUAUAAAACUGCAAACGUAGACAGUAUGGAAAUGGUGAAAAAAAAAGUUCGUUUUGUCAUCACUGUCCCAGGACAGUGGAAUGACAUUCAAAGAGAGUUGAUGAGAAUAAUCGCUAUUGAAGCAGGACUGAUUUCCAAGGACGAUUACGAAAAGCGCUUAUUGAUAAUCAACGAAUCUUUAGCCACUUCUUUAUAUUGUGAGUUAAAAACCAGACAUCCAAAAGAUAAAAGCAUUGUGCAGGAAAUUCCAAAAUACAUAGUUUGUGACACUGGUGGUUCAACUGUCAGUAUUGCUGUAUUUGAAUCAACCGAGAAUGGUGACCAAAAUAACGCUGAUAGUCUUGGUAGAUGUCAGCUUACUACAGAAUUUAGCCUAGAAAGGACUUUCUCCCUGAUUGCUGUCGUAAAUUACGAGAAAUGUACUACAAUGAUUCCGACUGGGAUAGCGACUGGGACAUCGACAGUUCUCAUGAAACAAAUUUCUCUCAAGAGUACUGUGAUUGUGGUUUUGAUGAUGGGCAUGACGAACAUUAUGUGGAGCACGACAACUUUGGGGAUGGAGGAUGAUUAUCAAUGUGAAAUUAAACUUAGUUACAAAUAUAUGCGAGAACAUGUUUUUGAUGAGGUUAUCGAUAACACAAUCGACCUUCUCAGAAGACAAAUAAAGAAGGCUAAUGGAAAUAUAACACACACUUAUAUGGUAGGGGGAUUUGGUGGAUCACCAUAUCUGUACAAGCGCAUUCUAAAUGAGUUUCCUGCUGACAGCGAAGUAUCCGUUGGGAAUUUGAUCAAGGAUGAUAGAGGCGAUACAGCAGCAAUGCGAGGCGCCUUGAUCUAUGGCAUCAACGAAAGCAGAAAAAAUCCUAAAUCAUCUGUUGUAAUAUCUAAAUACGAAGAUGACAGCACUUCUCAGUAUAACACCCUUGUCUGCUUGGGUAAUAUGGGCAUAAACGUUGAGUGUAGGUAUACGACUGACAUCUUGUGA